CCAAAACUUGGAUCGAGCAGUUAAAGUCUGCUCAAAAAACUGCUCUUGUGCAAGAUGGUGAGGCAAAUUGCCGCUUCUAAACUCCUUUCUUAUUUAACCUUGGAAGAAAAAAAGUGCAUUACACUUUCCCUGAUGGAACGGAGAUGGCUGAGGAGUAUGACAUCAGUUCACAAGAUUUAGUCGUGCGUAAAUGGAAGAAAAAGACCACACUGGGUGGUGGUGGCGCAUGGACAUUUGAAGUUGGCGAGUCUGUGGGUCCUAAGAAUCUUGAUGCCGAGGGACUCGUGGAAAGCUCUACCAAUCCCAUAUUUGUGAGGAAAGACACCCGCAAAGCUUACCAGUGGAGAAUCAGAAAUAUUCCAUACCCUUUAGAAACCUAUGAUGUCAAAGUGAACCCUGAAGAUAGGUGCAUCGUAGUCAGGACAAGUAAUAAAAAGUAUUAUAAGAAGUUUGAUAUCCCCGAUAUGGAUCGUAUGAAAUUAGCCCUUGAGCAACAAAACCUGAAGAUCGCACAUGCUAAUAAUACUUUAAUCAUAACAUAUGAUAAACCAGCUGAAAUACUUACCAUGGAGGAAAAUCUACGGAAGCAAAUGAAAACAAUGAAGUCCAUGCAGGAUGGGGACGUGGAAUGCAACCCUAGUUGAGGAAUCCAGGAUGCUGAGGAUAUCAGAUGUAAACAUGCUUAAGCUUCGAUGAACUGUUGUUUGAUAAUCAGAAUGUUGUCUGCAGUGUAUCAUAUACGAGGCCAGGUCGGUAUCUCAAACAGCGUUAGUGAUAACAUUUAAAUCAUUUUUUUGCCUGAAACUCUGCAAGGACGACAGUUAGUCUUCUGCAUGUGAACUUCCCAUCAAUUUUUGCUAUAACUCCACAAUAUUGAGAUUUGUCAAAUUGGAUGUUGUGCUGUUUACAAAUUAUGUGAGGACAUAACAUUACUAUUCGAAGAAUAUGUUACAUAAGGUUAUGUCUUCAAAAUUGCUGAACUGAAUAUAGAAUGUAGAAUUUAACUGAAUAAGAUGUACUAAUUUCUUACAGCAGCAUUUACUUCUGUGAAGUGACGGAUGUGAUUAUUUCCAUUUCAAUUAAAGAUCUUUGGUAUUUUGUUUAA